GUUCUAUAUAGGCCUUUGGCUUGCUCACUAUCCCUUCAAACUGUCCAGGACUUUAAAGCCGCGCGGUAAGAAAAUCGACAGAUUAAUUCACCGAAAAGUGGGUGGAUAGUUUUUUUUUCUCUCUGUUCCCUCUGUGAUUCCUGUAAUGUAUCAGUGGUGUACAGUGCUGGGGUGAAGUAAUUAUUUUUUGGAGAAGCGACCAAUCAAUAGUUGGAAUUUUCAAACAGGAUUUUCUAUUAUAAAAAUGAUUUUGAGAGACAGUGUGUCUCUGAUGUUCGGCUUCUGCCUGAGCCUAAUAGUAAUUCCAGACCAUGCAUCAGCAGAGAGAUGGUCGCGGCAGGUGUCCAACAGUGAAUGGAUACCUUUGGCUAAUCCGAGAUCGCAGUUGCGACAGGAGUCGCAGAUUAGUCAGACUUCGACUCUACCGGAGCUGAAUUUACCACCGCAAUUGAGACAGGAAUAUCAGUCACAAUUGUUACAACUACAGAAGACUCAGGAGAGUAUUCAGAAGCUAUUAUUGCUGCAACAGCAAUUACGAUCACAGCAACAACUUUUGCAGAAUCAAGCGUACCUACCCAAUGCCGUAGCCCCUGAAGAGGAUAAGCAGGCCUUCCACCAAUCUUCGAUCUCCAAUUCCCGCAACUUGCCAAACCUCACCCCUGAGAUACUCACCCCACCUCUACCACCCACAGAAACUGUCCCCCCAGUGUUUUCACCUCAAGAAUUCCGUCAGCCUUCUCACUCUGAAAAAUACUCGAUCGACAGACCGAAGGUAUCGGCUCAGCAAGUCUCCGGCCCAUCGAACGCCGGGGAAAACUCGGCAAAUGAGGAUGAAGAGAUCCAGGUGGUUUACGUACCAGCGGAAACGCUUGCGCAACGAGGCCAUCAACACAAGGAGGACAGAAACCGUGAUAACAAGCAGUUUACAUUCCCCAAUAACCGCGAACAGCACCAACGCUACCAAAUACUCCCGAAUUCAGAUCUUUCAUCGCCGGAUGACAACUCCUAUACCUCUGACUAUGUUCAAUUCCCCAAGGAGUCGACGAGAACUGAUAGCAAUGACUUUCUAAAAGCAGUGAGAGACAGAGAACUAGAGAGACUGAAUGACCAACGGCGAGAAAUCCAGAAGCAAGCAAAGAUUCAAGCAGCGGCUCAACAACGGGAGCAAGAACGAACGCGUCAGCGAGAAGCGGAAAAGAAACGAAAGGAACUUCUCAAAAUAGAAGAAGCGGCUAGACAAAGGGAAUUGGACAGAAUCAGAGAGGCUCGCGAGCGUCAACGACUUCAGGAACUGGAACGCGAGAAGGAAAGAGCAGCCAAGGCGAGACAAGCGGAGAUAGAUCGAUUGGCCUCACUGGAACGUCAGAAGAAGCUGGAGCUUGAGAAACUAGCGCGUAAAGAAGAGGAACGAGCUAAACAACUUGCUGAGAAGAGGGAGAAGGAGGCAUCUGAGUCUGUCCAACAGGAAUACGUUGGCAAUAAUUAUCAUCAGCAGCACUUAACUGAGUCGGGUAAGCAAAAACAUAACCGGAACCGGGCGAAACCUAGACUGCGAGCCCACCAUAAAAACCCUCAAGAUCAUAUUGAACGAAGUCACGACACCUCCACUUCAGCACCAACGCCGAAUCAACCGCCAUUGGCGGUCUUCAUGGGAUCUGAUGAUCUUAUUGCACAGGAAGUCAAAAUUGUUGACGUUCUUCGAGUCUUGAGAGAAGCCAAGACCAUUGCUGUAGUUGAUCAAGUGACGUCGGAAUCCCCAAAGGUUUUCGUAGGGCCUUCCAACUUAGACAUCCCCAAUACAUAUUCAAAAUUUGAUCUUCCUUAUCUAUCUUCAUUGGACACAACUCGAGUUGAAAGAAGAGUAGAUAAAUUACCGUUCUUCGUUGCUCCUCUAAGCUUCAAUCCACCGCCGGGAUAUUCAAAAAUUCCAUUUCCAGCCCCUCAUAUUGGAUCUGUUAUUGUCAACACGAUUGAUGGACAUCUGGGAACAGGCCCAUCAGGACCAUCAGCCAUAUUGGAAAAUAAAUCUCAUCCUAGUCCGCACCCCUUGAUCGAGCCUAAUUCAUUUUUGUCCUCGGAACAAAGAUCUACGUACCAAUCAACUUAUCAACCGGCCUAUGAAUCCCCAACUACUCCGAGUUACUCGACAUAUGGACAAGACCAUGUUACUCAGCAGUAUCAGCCAACAGUGCACUUUCCUCCAAGUGGAGGAAACGAUAGGUUUAGAGGCCGACAGAAUGGGCAACAGGAGCAACAGCAAUAUCAGUCCACUGUCCAGCAUCUAGAUCCGACAGAAACACCAAAUGCUUCAUUAUCACCUUAUCAAGAAGAUUUGAAUGCUUCGGCUAGACCACACCGUCCAGACUACCCGGAAGAGGCAAUUUCAAGUUCUGUGACUCCAGGUAGUCAGAACGCCUACAGAAAACCCUCAGUUGUAUCGUCUUAUGAAUAUGAACAGGGAACUGUUUCGACAACGCCAGUUUUUGAAAAUAGUUAUGUUCAUACGAGAGUUCAGCCGAACAGCAAUCAAGAGCUGACGUCUCAGUUAGCGCAGAUCAAUCAGCAUGACUACUCACAACACCGACAUGCUGAUGAUGUCUUUGCGCAUCCCGUUCAGCAAGCAGGAGCUGAGCAGCAUCACGGACAUCAUCAUGCUGGAGAGAACUUCGAGUCUACUAUUUCUGGGUCCUAUGAGGAUGGGGGACGCAGCACGGUGAAUCCCUCGCACUAUAAUCUUCCAGCGGAGCUACCCCCGAUUCAUCCUCAACUUCCGGGAUUGGUCAACUCCUUGAUAGAGAACAAACAAGACCGGACGACGACUACAACAACAGAAACUCCGACGACGACGACGGAAGUGCAUACAUCGACCUAUAGGACACGGACACGUCACAGGGGCCGAGUUACUCGUCCACUUACAACAACUACGACGUCUGCACCAGGGACGAGGGAGUCGAGUAGAAGUUCUCCCGAGAGAACAAGGAGACCUGUAAGUAGAUCACGAUCGAGGUACACAACUACUACAGAAGACUAUAAAGAGAGUUACGAGCCCACGAGAUCUAAAAAUCCAGAGACGACUACAAAGUACAGUACCAGUGAGUCCUACAGGAGAACAACUGCUCCAAAGAGUAUGAAGAAUAAGAGUCGAACGAGCCCACGUCCCUAUGAAUCAGCACCUUUGAAUCAAAUUCAAAACACUCAGCCUCUAGAGACAGUCUCAGAUGAAUCAAAUCCUUCGUUGGAGUCAGGUAGCUCCCAGGGCGACAGUUACUCCCAAUACAACAUUCCCAUCUCCUCUGAAAGUCCGGAAAGCUCUUACCCCCCCGAGACGGACUUUUCAAAAACUCCAAACUAUCCCCGGCCAGUACCCUCCCAUCGAGAACAGAGACCAUUGGCUGACGACACCGGAAUCCCCCAACAGCACUACCAAGAAAGAUAUCAGAGUGGCCUUGGAUACCAAGCGAGUUUAAUUGACCAAAAUGAUCAGUACAACUAUCCAAUUAAUCAUGAAGAGUCACAUUUGGGAGUGUCCCCUGCUCCUAACGAUUACUACUACCCUGAUAAAAGCGACAGUGUCGAGGCUUCAGGACAGCAAACUAAUGGUCCAACUGAGAAUCCCAUAUACACUCAAAUUUUGGAGUACAUGCCCGGCAGCCAUCCAGGAGGACAACAGGGAGUAUUGAGCACUGAGUACAACCAGUCUGGACAGUACUCCGGGGAGAAAAACAGUGGAAUUAUCGAAGAUGGACAUGGCUAUAUUCAUGAAAGUUCAUAUGAACCUGUUGAGGAAACUACGGAAGCAAUCAUAACGACAACUACAGAAGCACCUGUAAAAGUUCGGCAACGAACUCGCGGACGUUUAAGUAGUCGCACUCGUCAGGACUCGGCUAUUCAAACGAGUCCCCGCGGCUCUCAAGAUGACUAUGUACAAUUCAGUGCUGCCACCAGACCUCCAGCAAGCCGCACAUCGUCAUCUCGUCAACGCGACAGUUCUCGUCGUGUAAAAACUCGUCCUCAGAAUCAAGCGCAAGUACAAAGUGAAGGUGAAGGAUUCGUUCGAAUUCAGUCCUCAAAUCGUCACAACCAUCCGAAGACAAUUGUUCAAACAGCAAAAAUCACAACAACAACUCCAACACCUCUAACAACGACUGAAGAUUCCUCCAUUAAUUCCGAGGACAUUGAGUACGGUUUCAUAAGGGCCCCGAAUUUCAAUCAACCCCAGAAUCAAAUCAGUAGUAAAUUCCGUGCCCCGGAUUCCCAAAUUCAACUGCAAAAUGUUGCCCCAACGGAUGAGACCGCCGAAGAUUCAAGUCCCAGUGUCACUCAAAUUCCAAAGCAUCGACAAAAAUAUCAGUCCCCCAACAGACCUCGACCGGACAUCAAAUCCACGGCCUCUAGCAUUAUCACAACGACACCCAGCCUCGAAGGAUACACCAACAAGCCCAAAGUGAGAGCCGAAGAGCCGAAAAACCGAAUUAGAACAAGAGUAAGGAGACCCGGUAACAGAAGACGCCCAGCCACGACGACAACAACCACCACUACCACUGAGGAUGUACUAGACGGUAAUAACAAUCUACCACUUGAUGAGAAUUAUCCGAGAAUACCCAUCCGUCAUGUCGAGAGCUCAGGCGAGAGGCAGCUGUACGAUAUGAGUUAUGAGACGUUACCGAAUGCAGGAGAAGGUGCUAUGAGCAGAGUUGAUUACACAGGAGAAAACUAUCCUCAAGAUUUUGCCGUAAAUUUCGGUGGAAAUUUCGAAACCGAAGAACCGCAGGAUGACCUCCCACUGGCAAAUCCCAUAAAAAAGCAUCAAUCUCAAAGUAAUCGACCUGGUCCUUCAACCGGAAGACUCAGAGCAUAUUCUCAUCAUCAAACAGCUGCCCCUGAGCGUGAUAUCUAUGGCGCUGAGAGCCAGUGGUCAACGAAACUCUCGAAAUCAUCCUUUCAACCGAGUCUAAAUCAACUAAAGCAAGACGACGAUAAAAGCAUUAAUGGGGGAUCAGAAGAAACGAGGGAACCAGGCCCGGAAAUUAUUACUGCCCGGCCAGAGGAGGCAUUUGUCACGGUUUUAAUUACUUCUGAUGAUAAAUUGAAUGAUACGAAGAAGGAAUUUGUGCCACAGGAUAUUUCAAUGGAGUCCGUAGCUAUUGGACAAAAUACUUCAUCAGAAGGAACAACAAUGAGUUCGGGAAUCAGCGAAGAAAAUACUCAACAUCCUAUGAGAAAGACUGGAAAUAGAAGACGCCGCGUUAGAAUUCGCGUUCGGCCCGCCUCUUCCACGGAAGACUUUGUAACGUCCGAGUCCCAACACAUAAACUCGGCAGUGAACAGCCUGGUACAAGAUCAUCCAAAGCCCGAGAGUCGUUCAUCAACUCUUUCUCCACCGACAACCCCAGAGCCCACUGAAGUACCAACAACCAUUCCUCCCGAAAUGCCAAGUGUUAACGAAUCGAUCGCCUCCACCGACGAGACAACAAUCCAUUAUACUAAGAUCCCGGAAGACCCCGGAACAUCAGACUCAUCAGACUACAGACCCAUGAAUAAUGAAGAUACUGUGGCCGUUAAGACCGAGAAUGAUUCGACUAAACCCCCAACAACUCCACAAACUAUCCCAAAAGACGACGCAACUGAUGAGCCAACAAUGAUCCCUGACAUCGCCACCGACUCGUUUUUGAUGACGACAAUGACAGUUCCCAGGAAAUCCUGGGAUUCGGCUAAUGGCUAUGCCGAGUGGUUCAAGUCCAAGCAAAUGAAUUAUUUCCCACGAUCACAGGAGCAGUAUGACGAUAGUUCUGAAUCCUCUGGAGACAAUUCACACCCAAAAAAUCAUAGGAGUGAAUGGAGCAAAGUUCGAUACCCAAAUGACCGAGGAUUUUUCGGUUAUGGUAGAUCUGGUGCUCUCACUCCCACGACGCAGCUCCCGAGAAUUGUGACGGACUCCGUUGGAGAUUCGAAUGUCAAAAUUUUACCGGACUACGUUCAGGAAAUUUUUGAUACAAUGAAAAACGCCGACGAGGAGAGAGUGAUUGGGCAUAAUGGCGAAGACUUAUGGAAAGAUGAACAAAAGUUAAUCCCAUCCACUGAGAACUUGACACAUCCGAACACUGGUACCGGACCUGAGGAUAUGGUGACAACGAUGGGAAUUCAAAGAUCCGAAAUUAAAGAAAAUCAAGAGAAUAAUGAACGACAAGAUUUUCCAUAUCCAAAUGGAAAAGCUGAGGAGGGAGAAUUGAGGGAGACAAUGACAAAUGCACCCUCUGAUGUUCAAGUGUCUGGUAAAGACGAAGAGACAAAUUUACUGACCUCGACUUCGGAAUCUCCCACGACAGUUUUAACUUCAGCCGGUACAGAUCAACCUUUUAAUGAAAUAUCAACAGAAAAAAAUGGAAAAUCAGCUUCUGAGAGUAUUUUGAAUGCUCCAACGAAACUAGGAACGAUCUUGCGAACAUCGACUACAACCAAGGUCUCUCACAUGACGGAAAUAUGCUACAGGGGUCGGUGUGUAAUGACGAAACCCCGACAGGACAGUAGGAGGUGAAGUCCACAAUUAUUCUUCAUUUAUUGAAUAAUGAAGUGAUAAAAAUCGGAACUUUUGAAAAAUUAUGAAAGCUAGAGAUUUCAAUUAUUAUUUUUCAGGAAGGCUCUUCCUACUCAGAAGCAAGAAAUUUUAUUUUUUAUGAAAUUUCAUUUUUUGUAAAAGCAUUCUCUGGAUUCUUUCAUACUGACAACUUCUCACAUUACUAUACAAUUCACUUCUUAUUUUUCAUCACUUCAUUGAGGGAUUCCCCUCACAAAUUCAUCACUUUUGAAAAUUUUCUCAAGUCAUACUUUGCUAUCAUCAUAAAAAUUACUGAUUUCACAAAUAAUUCGCCAUUUUUCCAAUAAGUAACGCGCAAUAUCGUCAUCAUUGACCCCAAUGCCAAAUUCAAGUGAAUCGAUUAUUAUUUCCCCUCCUCCCUUUCCCCAUUUGUAUUGUAUAAGCUCUAAAUUAUUCGUACUAACGCAGAGUUAAUUACACGAGAGUAACUUAUGGAAAACUCUUGUAACCCAGUCGCAUUUCUCGAUGGAAAAUGAGGGACAGGUGCGUGUGGAUUUUUAAUUUCCAUAGGAAAUAUCAUUCCAAGUGUGUCUACGUUAGUUUUAAUCAUUAAUGCAAUCAUUAAUGUACGUAUUUAAUUAUAAUGUAAUUGGAGUGGUUGGAUUGUUGGUGAUGUACGGAGGUAUUACUCGUAUCAAGUGAUUCGAGACCAAUAAUGUAUUUUGAAUAAAAAGAAAAAUAUUACGAA